AGCCUGGUUUAAUUCCCCAGGGGGGUGAACGGGGGGGGGGCUCUCCUUUCUCAAACCAGCCCUCAUCCUCACACCCCACUGCUGCCCCAUGGCUGCCCCACAGAGCUCUCCAUAGCUACCCCAUGGCCACCCCAUGGAGCUCCCUGCUGCCACCCCAAACCCCGCCCACAGGAACCUCCACCCCACGGCACUCCCCACUGCUGCCCCACGGAGUCCCCUGUGAGCACUGUGGGGCUGAGCCCCCCCUUGUUGGCUGUGGGGCACAGCGUGGAAUGGCUGAGGGCUUCCUCAGGAUGCCCAUCCCCAGGAGCACCACGUUCCAUCCCAUUAUCAUCUCCGGUCCCGUUCCCAUAGGGGGCGUGGGGUGGAAGCAGGAGGAACUGCUCCUGGGGCUCUGAAUAAGGGGGGGGGGGUGCUUAAUAAGGCGCUGUGAUUAAUUAGCAGGAAGGGAAGUAAUUGAGCUCGGCAUUUGGCCAACGCUUGUAAAUCCCCAUUAGGGAUGGCCCUGCGGUGACAGAGGGUCUGGGGGGGAAAUAGGGGGGGUCAGGGGGGCACAGAAAGCCCCAGAAGGUGCACAGACACCAGCAGGGGACACACGGAGUGGCUCAGAGGACAGAAGGGUUGGGGUUGAGGCGAUGCCUCGUGGAGGGGUGACCCCAAAUCCGACCCCACACCACGCGCCCCGGGCACGGCUCCAGGACGGCCCCGUGCUGCAGUGCUGCAGCCGUGUGACACCGUGAAAUCGCAGCUCCAUCGGUGCCAGCGGAUGGGAUUGGGGGACGGGGGCUCCCCUCCCACCCCAGCCACCCCAUAAACCCGCUGAGUCCGCACCCAGCAGCGCAGCGACACCAUGGGCACCGCGCCGAUGUGGAUCGUUGUCCUCAGCGCCGUCACCGCUGCCAUGGCCCAGGAAGACCUUUACAGAAAGGUGUUUGUGUUCCGGAAGGACCCCAGCGACGCCUACGUGCUGCUGCAGGCGCAGCCAGAGCACCCCAUGCUCAACUUCACCGUGUGCCUGCGCUCCUACACCGACCUCACGCGGCCCCACAGCCUCUUCUCCUACGCCACCAAAGCUCAAGACAACGAAAUCCUCCUCUUCAAACCCAAACCCGGCGAAUACCGCUUCUACGUCGGGGGGAAAUACGUCACCUUCCGCGUCCCCGAGAACCGCGGGGAGUGGGAACACGUCUGUGCCAGCUGGGAGUCGGGCAGCGGCAUCGCCGAAUUCUGGCUGAACGGACGCCCGUGGCCCCGCAAAGGGUUGCAGAAGGGCUACGAGGUGGGCAACGAGGCCGUGGUGAUGCUGGGGCAGGAGCAGGACGCCUUCGGGGGAGGCUUCGACGUCUAUAAUUCGUUCACGGGGGAGAUGGCGGACGUCCACCUGUGGGACGCAGGGCUGUCCCCCGAUAAGAUGCGCUCCGCUUACCUGGCGCUGAGGCUGCCGCCGGCGCUGCUGGCCUGGGGACGCCUCCACUACGAGGCCAAGGGGGAUGUGGUGGUGAAACCACGGCUGCGUGAGGCGCUGGGGGCCUGAGACCCCCAAGUUGUUUCCCUUUGCUGUCUCCAUCCUCGCUGUCCUCUCUGCACGCUGUCGCCCGCUCAGCUCAGCUGUGGGGAUGUGAUGCACGGAGAGAUGGGGACACCCCCAGCCCCGGGUCGCCCCUCUCCUGCUGAGUCCCCACAGCACGCAGCGCCGGCCCCAUCCCUGCCCUGGGAUCCUCGUCCUCCCCCUGCAGCAAAAUAAACCAUGAAAACUC